GCCCUACUCCUUGUUCCCAGUGUGACCCCAGUGUCCCGCUGGUGCUGUCGGAGGCCACUGGGCCAUCCCGGAGCGGCGCUGGCAGCCCUGGAGCCCUUCCCAAGGUUGCCCAAUUUGGGAUUUCUGCCCGGGAGUGCGAUCCCGGUGAUCUCACGGUGCCGGUGACACAACAGGGGGAUGCCCGUCCCCGUGUCACCAGGGCAGCCCGUGUCACCCCUUCCCACCUCCCUCCCGAAAUUCUGGAGCUGUUUCUCCCGGAUUUUCGGCUGCCACGCGCAGAGUUCAAAAGGAAGUGCCGGCCCGCGGGGAGGAGGAAGGAACCUGGAGCUGGAGUUUCCAGGUGUGUGCACAUCACCUGCCCGGCCCUAUAAAAAGGCGGCGGCGGCGGCGGCGCUGCCACUCGCCAGCCUCAUCCCUGGGGCUGCACUUCCCAAGGGCUUCCCCCCAAAUUCUGCCGUGUUCCCCAAAUUCGGGAGUGUUCCCUGCCAAACACCCCCCACCCCCCAAAUUUUGGCGUGGUCCCUCGACACCUGGCUGAUGGUCUGGCUGGCUGUCCUGGCCCUGCUGGCGGCUCUGGGGCAGUGCCGGGGGCUGCGGCGCUCCGGGGGCGGCUCCGCUCCCUCUGCCGUGCGCUGCUACAGCGGUGCCGAGCUGGGUGCCGAGGCUCCGGAGCAGCUGCUGGCGCGGAGGCUGCGCUGGGACCGGCAGGUGUCGGUGCAGCUGGUGCCGCAGCUGGAGCUCCUGGAGGCCGGCGGGGCCCGGCGGCAGCGGCGGCACCGCCCGCCCGCCUGCCCCGCGCUGUCCCUGCGGGCCGGGCUCCGCAGCGAGCCCCACGAGCGCUCCAUCUCCCCGUGGCGCUACCGCAUCGACGAGGACGAGAACCGCUACCCUCGCAAGCUGGCCUUCGCCGAGUGCCUGUGCAGCGGCUGCGUGGAUGUGAAAACCGGCCGGGAGACGAGCUCGCUCAACUCGGUGACCAUCCACCAGACCAUGCUGGUGCUGCGGCGCAAACCCUGCCCGCGGCCCGCGGGGCUGGGGCUGGUCACGCUGGAGGUGGAUUACAUCCGAGUGCCCGUGGGCUGCACCUGCGUCCUGCCCCGCACCGCCAGCUGAGCCCUGCCCCGGUGACCGUGUCACCGCCCCCGCCCGUGCUUGUUUUAGAGCACCCGACCCCGCUGGGGUGUCCCCUCCCCUGGUUAUUUAUGAGUUAUUUAUAAGCCUUGCUGCCGGGGGGCUUUUUGUACCCCCUAUUUAUUGCUGACCCCCCCCCCCCGCCCAGCCACGGCUGUGACUCCAGGGCCAGCAUCGCCCCACGGUGCUAAAGGCCCCCCGGCUGGACCCUGUGAGUGCUGCUGAGACACUCACUGGUUAUUUAUUCCCCCAAAAAGCUAUUUAUUGUCUCCUCUCUAGUGCUAUUUAAUGCUGCAAAUAAAAGCCUGGCACAGUGGUCGCUCUGCUCCCGGCCGGGGCAGUGUUGGGGUGUUGGGAUGUUGGGAAUUGGGACAGGCACCUCCACGGGUGGUGCCCGGCUGUGGGACAGCCCUCACGGUGGGCAGAGCACCAGUGCAGCAGGGCAGGAGGAACUGGGAGGUGAUGGGGAGGCUGGCAGGGCACGGGGGUGCCCCACACCCCCAGCCCCGGGAGGACCCAGCCCUGGCACCCCGACACCCACACCUUUCCCAUGGCUCUGCCCCCGGGCACCACGGCCCACGGAGCUGGUGCCACCUGCCAGGGCCACUCCACCUGUGCUGGCAGCACCUAGAGGGGCCCUGGGCCACCUGCACCCCCUGAGGGGCCAGGGUCUGCGUGGGGAGGGGGCAGAGGGGGGCCUGGAGCAGCUGCUGAUCCCAGUGGGAUCAGGGAUUUGGCACCCACAUCACACCGGGGAACUUCCUGCACCCACAAGUGGGACUGGGAAGGGAAAUGCUCCCCACAUUCCCUGCUGGGGGCUAUCCCAGGUUUUGGGGGCUCCUUUGGGACUUGCUGUGCAGCUCCCAGUUCUACCCCACUGAUGGCUCCAUAAGGAUUUUGGGAGGGGACCCUGCCCUGGCUAUACUCUG